AUGCCCGGGAGCGUGGCUUCGGAUCGUAACGGGGAACGCGUCUCCGUGGUGCCUCGCGACCGCGCACUCGGCUCAGACGAUGGAGCGCCGCCAGGCCCUCUCCCACACGCGACCAGCCGCGAAACGCAGUCGUCGAUGGACUUGCUCCACUCCCCGCCUGGCCUUCCCGGCUCCGGCGAAGGCCGCCGGAGCGUCCUCGGCAACAACGCGUUCCUGGGGCAAGUCGAGGAUCAAGUCCCCAUCCCGCGAAAAGGGGCGCACCUGAAUCCGGCGACAUCACUAUGUGUGUAUUUGACGAAUCCGCUCUUUAGCACCUCGGAGUUGCUGUACUACUUCGUGGCGCAAGUCUCUGGCUGUUUGUGUGGGAGCCUGUUGGGGCUCGCGGUGUUGGGGGAGAUGCUCCUCUCGGAGCCCCCGAAGCCCUUCAAGUCGUACGGCGCGCAGGUCUUUCGAGAAGCCGUGCCCACGUGGUGGAUGAUUUACACCAUCACGGUGCUCUCCUACGGCGUGAGUCCUGAGAAAGUCACCGACGUGAUCGUCGGCCUGUGCGUCGCCGGCUGCAUUCUGUCUGGCUCGCUCUUGGGCGCGACGAUGAACCCCAGCGUCUCGCUCGGCGUCUUCCUGUCGCAAGUCGCCACAGCUGACCCCAAUUGGGAGCCCGCCGCGGUCGUCAUCGGCGUCCUCGCGCCCCUUCUCGGCACGUGCUUCGCCAUCCUCACCUACUACCUCACGCACGCCUACCACAGGCCCAUGCAGGUGCGCUUCAUUCAUUUUCGAUGA